AAUGAAUGCAUUGAAUUCAUUUUCGAAUGUCAACAAACCUCUCCGGGCCCUCGUUCCUUUCGAUUCCUUCCGAUUCGGAGCUUCGGAGCUGGGCUUGAACCAGAGGUAAUCCCAUCAUUCUUACAUCCUAGAGGUAACCUACACCCAGUGCAUCCCGUCCGCUGACCUUGAUUCUCCCUCGGUCGUCAUGUUUUUGGCCCGCCUCCCUCCUCGUGGACGGAGGCUGACCUCGAGCCCGUGGUCAUCGCUCUUGCCCUCGUGUGCCAUUCACACCUCUUCUAGCUUAGACAAAGACUCGGCGGGUCGUUACAAAGUGACGGUCAAUCGAACCCGCCCGCUCACUUACGAGAUGUCCUUCCGACCCGACGACAUCAUGCAUAAGAAAGGCUUCAACAGUUUCAACACGGCCCAAUUGGAAAACACGUUCCUGACCAAAGAAGAAAUCGGCCAAGAUCUGCCGCACAAGAUGUUCCUCGAGGACGUGUUCAUUCGCCGCUUUAUGUACGGCACGUGGCCCGAGGCCCUCGAGUCCACGGUGCUCGUCAAACGCCAACACAAUCUCAUCCGCAUUGCGGCCAUCAUCAAUCCGCGGAUGCGCACCCAGUUCGUCUACUUCCUCAUUGGCUACACGGAGGAGUUGUUGAGCUUUUGGUUGAAGUGUCCCGUGCGAGUGGAGCUCCAGGUGGCCGAGAAAGAGGACGUUGUCUAUAAAUAUAUUUAGACAUGGAUGUACUACAUGUAGUACACACGUGUCAAUGCCGGCCUGGGUUCUGGUGGCACCUUGAAUAUAGUUAGAAUCAUACAAUAUGAUCAUUCAAUCUAGAAUUAUAUAUCGUGGUCUUGUUUCCCUGAGAGUGAGACGACGACCAUAAAAGUA